AUGUCUGAUUUCGGUGACUUUAACUCAUCCAACGACCCCACAGCCGACUUUCUUGCACGCGAACGUGCUGCAUUGGGAGAAGAUGCGGACUUGUUCAGCACGUCCGAAAUGCCCAGCUCUUCACCUAUGCCAGACUUUCCUUCACCCUCGGCUUUAAUGUCGCCAGGACAACACAGUUUCACAAGCCCUCAUGAAUUCGUGAGCAAUAAUGACUUUUUGUCACCCUCUGCACAAAGUGCCACUGAUUAUUCUGCAUUCGAGACCGAAUUUCCCAAGGCAGAAGAGCUUGAGACUUCUCAGGCUUUCCACAAGGCCAUGUUGCCGGAUGAGGAGCCUGAGACAGUCAGACAUUGGCGCGAGAAGCAAAAGGAAGUAAUUGCUGCACGUGAUGAGGAAGCCGAGAAUAUCAAGCAAGAGACAAUUCAACAGGCCCGUGCUGAUAUUGACAAGUUUUACGAGGAAUAUAAUGACAAGAAACAAAAGGCAAUUGAAGAAAACAGAGAGCGUGAGGAGAACUAUCAAAAAGACCGUGAAGAGGCUGCAUCGGCCAAUGUAUGGGAAAGAGUUGCACGUGAAGUAGAUACUUCAUCCGGAAAGGCCAAUCAACCCACACGCGACGUUAGCAGAAUGAAGGACUUGAUGUUGGAUCUUCGAAAGGAUCCCAAGGCACCCGGUAACAUUGUCGAAGCCUAAAAUUAUAGCCAUCCAAAAAAAAACAAAAAAAAAGCAUGACAAAUAAGAUACUUUUUCUAUUUCUUUAAAAAAAAAGUAAGAAAGAAAAACAUAUAUCUAAAGAUAAUCAACUAUACUCGCUUACACCAACAGACCCAACCACAACCACACACCUAAAACCACACACAAACCCUCUCUCUCUUUCUCUCUUUCUCUAUUACCGAACAAAUUCAAAUUAAACCCUAUUGUUUCUCCUCACUUGUCAUGUGACCAAAUUC